CUAAUACUUAGGGUCACAAACUCAGGAUUUUAAAUUUUCCUUGGUUAGUUAUUACCUGCUUUCCUACAAUUUGGAUUUCAAUACUGAUUGGUAAUAAUAAUGUAUCUAAAGUUUGUGUCAUUUUGUAAGAUAAUUCAUAUAGGCCUCAGAGGAUUAAAAGAGUCAUAAAACCUGGAUCCACUUCACAGAGGUUGGAAGGACUCCAGAUAAGUACAGCCUGGUCUUGGGACUCCUGCUCUUCCCAAUUACUAAGAAUAUGGGCCUAAAAAUUCCAAAUAAGUUCAUAAAUUUUAACUUCUGUUCCUAGUUUAAAUUUGUCUCAACAGAGCUCAGCGGUGGUGGUGCAUGCCUUUAAUCCCAGCACUCGGGAGGCAGAGCCAGGUGGACCUCUGUGAGUUCGAGGCCAGCCUGGGCUACAGAGUGAGUUCCAGGACAGGCUCCAAAGCUACACAGAGAAACCCUGUCUUGAAAAAAAAAUUUGUCUCAACAGGUUUCCACUUGGCUGGCAGACACCUCUAAGAUUCAGUUGCUGACUACACUCCUCUGGACUUGCUAAAAGCUGACAUGGUCCAGCUCAGCCAAUGUGAUUGUUCCCUGUCUCUACAGCUGGGUCAGAUAACCAUAUAGUUCUGACAAAUGCCCCAUUGCCCAGCCUUUGACUGGCCUUUCAGCCUUUGACUGGCCUUUCAACCUUUUUGGGAGCCCUGACUACAACACCCAAUGCCAGCUCGAAGCAGUUCCAGAAGAGAGAAUACAUCGUCCCAUGUUCCCUGUCCAGAAUAGGCUGAAAUGCUGGGUCAAAAGGAAACCCCCUGGCAUAGAGGACCAAUUGGCUUUCUAAUGCCCAUUGAUAUUUAUUAAUUAAAAUGGUUCUGCAACAAGAUAAGACACUUGACCUUCUUUUUUUUUUCAGAGCUGAAGACCGAACCCAGGGCCUUGUACUUGCUAGUCAAGCGCUCUACCACUGAGCUAAAUCCCCAACCCCACUUGACUUUCUUUAUGCAGAACCAGGGAGGUAUUACUGUAUGACUUUAAGAAAUUAUUAUUUCUAUAUAAAUCAUAGGGUGGAGUUUCUGGUCCACCAAGAGGGUCCUUUACCUCUUCUCAGAAGGUCCUUUUCUCAGAGUUGGGCUUCACCCUGACUCACAAGCCCCUUUCCUCCUGUUCUCAUUCGGCUCUGGGAUCUUUCCCUGUCACUCUUCUUUGCCUUUUCAGAAAACAGCUUAAGAAAUAAUUAUUUAUAUAUAAUUUAUUCAGGAUUGUAAUCUGGCUGUACUCAAAGAUCAGCCCCCCUUUCCUUGCUAACUUCAUUAAGCUGUAACUAACUGGGAAACCUGUAUAUUCAGAUUUAAGUCAUAUAUAUGCUCUCAAAGUUAUAAAUAAAUCUAACAGAUUUUGUUCCCCCAGUCCUCAAACACCUGUAGAUCUGAGAAUAUGUCAUCUAACGUAAAACCUUUUUAUGAUAAAGAGACAUGUCAGCUCCUGGCAGCAUCCUGUAUCUCCUCCAAGAAGACGGAUGGCCGCAGAAGAACUUCCACCCAGAAGCUCAUGGCAAGGCCAGUCACAUAACGAAGAGCUGAGAUCCUGUCCAGACUGUGAAUAAGUGGAACAAUGGAGGACCAAUUGCCCCCUACUGCAAAAUCAAGGUGGGUCAGUCUCUCCAAAUUUCUAUUCCACAGAAAAAAAUCUGUCAGAUCUUCUGGGCCUAGCUGCUGAACAAGUACUGCCUUUGGGGCCUCUGUCCCCCAACGACCACGGAGAGACUUGGGGUUGCUGCCUAGGUAGCUGGAAAGCCGUCUCACUUCUUAAAUUUAUCCUUCUCAGAUCUGACAAUGUUUGAUGACUAGGGUAUCAGUUUAACAGCCCCAACCCCAAGAUUUAUAUAUAUACACAGGGUAGACUGGUUUCAGGUAACUCCAGAGGUUCAAAGUUUUAACAAGUGGUUCUUAAGAUUUUUAACCCCUUUGCUAUGAUAUAAAUCCAUUCCAGCUGUCUUAGAGAUACUUACAGAUUCCUAGGAAAAGUUCUGCUAAAUCUAUUCCAGCUGUCUUACAGAUACCUACAGGCUCCUGGGAAAAGUUCUGCUACUUCAUCAAGAAAUCUGGUCUGAUGAAAACUAACAAUCUCCAGAGGCCAUUUCUGACCCCACCUAUUUUUCCGAGCAUAUUUUGCAGAGUCACUGUUCCCACCUGACCUCCAGAGAAACAGCAGAUGCCAUGGCUUCUAUACUCCUGAUUUGGCAUGCCAUUUCCCCCCAAUCUCCUGGAACACCACUGCUGCAACCUGCCUCCUCAGCUCCCUCAAGGAAUGUUCCUGAGAUCUUCUGCUGUGCAUGACUCCUGGUUCCCCCUCCCCACCUAGCCCUUUGUCAGCUUGAAGCAGUCUCCGGAAUUCAAUGCCCUUUUUCCCCUACUUGCUUCCAUAACUCACUUCUUUUUAUAAUAAUCAAAACAAAGAACUGUUAGUAUUCUGACCCACCCUUGGAAACCUGCCCCUUAGGGCCACCCUGUGUCCUGACUUAAAGGAAAAACCCCUUCCCUUCCUCUCUCUCUCUCCCCCCUCUUCCUCCAUUCCCAUGAGGUGUGCAUACCUCUGCUUUCUCUCUCUUCUCUUUCUUUCUUGUCUCCCUCUUUCCUAUGUUUCUCCUUAUCUCUUUAUUAUAAUAAAAUCUCCACGUGGAUGCAGCGCCUGGGUGUAGGAUACUCUGGCCCUGCCAACUGCGGGUUCCUUACUCGUGCAAAUGCAUAAAUCUGAAUUUGUUAUGACAUUUGUUCUUGACUAGACAUCUAUUAGCGCAUAUUUAUUCAUUAUCCAAAAGACACUCUAGUCAGUCUCCAGGAGAGAGAGGGCUGGGUGGACCUGACUGCUCAAAACUACCUUCUCUAUGGUCUCACUCUGACACAUAGUAGCAGCUAUUAGGGACCUGGUUUAGGUUAGUGAGUCCAAGUAGGAGGUAGCUGAGAGUCAGAAGAGUGCCCUCAAUAUGAGAGAGUGACUCCAGAGGGCUUUCUGGGCUGACUCGGGUUCCCUCCAGGCUAAGCAAUGCCCUCCACUCCAAGGGACUGGGGGUUGGGAACUUCUAGAGCAAUCUACAAAACCUCCCUCAAAUCCUGGCUUGCAGGAACUCUGCCUCUCCCUUAUGCGGCGCUGCAGUCCCAGGCAGCAGCCGCAACGUUUUCUGAGGCAGCAUGGAACUUGUAGUUUUUGUGUGCUUAUAUCCAGAGCGCUUGCGCUUAGGAGGCUCGCGCCCCCGUACCAUCAGGAUUCCGGGUCCUUGUGAGGGGUAGCCCAUGCGACAACGUUCCAUUCGAAUACAUUUUCCCCUUCCGCCUGGGGUGAACUUCAUCUGGAAAAUAAUCGGAUCUCAGCAGGAUGUCGCGGAGCCCGGGAAAACAGCCGGAAUAAGCACGCCCCCGUCCCGGAAGUGAGCGGCUUUUAGCGCGGUGCAUUGUGGGGGGCGUAGUCCUCCUUUCCAGGCGGUCCUUCGCGGCGUCCCCCGGGCCGACUCCGGAGCGCAGGCGGGCGGCCGGGUGGGUAGCGCAGCGCGGGCGGUCCGCAAGCAUAUUCUAGGCACGGGGCCCCCGCCCGGGACGACUUGCGCUGGGUGGCAAUAGUGAGAGGUCUCGAAGGGCCUCGCGCGGCGCCGCCCGUCGAGGAGCUGAGGCGGGGGCCGGACCCGGCCGUCGAAGAGCGCAAGAGGCCGGUGGGCCGGGCCGCGCGUCGCAGCCAUGCCUGGCUUUACGUGCUGCGUACCGGGCUGCUACAACAACUCACACCGGGACAAGGCACUGCACUUCUACACGUUUCCCAAGGACGCUGAGCUGCGGCGCCUCUGGCUCAAGAACGUGUCCCGUGCCGGCGUCAGUGGGUGCUUCUCCACCUUCCAGCCCACCACGGGCCACCGUCUCUGCAGCGUUCACUUCCAGGGCGGCCGCAAGACCUACACGGUGCGCGUUCCCACCAUCUUCCCGCUGCGCGGUGUCAAUGAGCGCAAAGUAGCGCGGAGACCUGCGGGAGCUGCGGCAGCCCGCCGUAGGCAGCAGCAGCAGCAGCAGCAACAACAACAACAACAGCAACAACAGCAGCCGUCUCCGUCCUCCUCCACUGCCCAGACCACCCAGUUGCAGCCAAACCUGGUGUCUGCCUCUGCGGCCGUGCUUCUUACCCUUCAGGCCGCUGUAGACAGCAGCCAGGCUCCGGGAUCCGUGGCUCCGGCGCCCACUACUCCCUCGGGAGAGGAUGUGAAGCCCAUCGACCUUACGGUGCAAGUAGAGUUUGCAGCUGCUGAAGGCGCAGCCGCCGCGGCCGCCGCAUCGGAGCUAGAGGCUGCUACUGCUGGGCUGGAGGCCGCUGAGUGCACUCUAGGCCCUCAGCUAGUGGUGGUAGGGGAAGAGGGCUUCCCUGAUACUGGCUCCGACCACUCAUACUCCUUGUCGUCAGGUACCACGGAGGAGGAGCUCCUGCGCAAGCUGAAUGAGCAGCGGGACAUCUUGGCCCUGAUGGAAGUGAAGAUGAAAGAGAUGAAGGGUAGCAUCCGCCAUCUGCGUCUUACCGAGGCCAAGCUCCGUGAAGAACUUCGCGAGAAGGAUCGCCUGCUUGCCAUGGCUGUCAUCCGUAAGAAGCACGGAAUGUGAACGGUUCCCCUCAGCAACCUGCAGAAUUCGUGACACCUUCCAGCCCAAGGAAUCCUCAGGCGGAUAUUGAAUUCCCCAAUAUUCUGGUUGACAGUGUUGAGGUUUAGGGCAACGAACGGGACUCUUCUUGGUCAUCUGGCACCCUCAUUUGUUUCCUCCUGGAGUAGGAGUUGGGAACUUCAGAAUCUGGUGACACCAGCAAUUAUGACUUUGUCUCUCACUCCCCAGUUUAUGUUGCAGAUUCUGGUUAAGCAAAGGUUUCAGAACCAUUGAACUUGAAACUUAUCCUGGAGGGAUGCAGGUGGGACUCUUAGGGACCUUGGGUUUGAGAAAACCACAUCUUAAGGUUGGCCAGCAGUUAGAGACAGCUUUGCUGUGUGUAGUGAUAAGAGAUCUCAGUAACAUCAUUUCUCCUUUUCAUGCUUACCUGUUUCAGGUGCAGCCUGUGAUUCUGAUGGGGACUAGUUGACCUGUGUCUCUGCCUUCUAGGACCUCUCUACCCAGAAGGUCAUUUAUGAGAGUGCUCUAGGUGACUUGCUGAUGGAGAUCCAGCUUACCAGGGACUUAGGUUUAUCUUGUUAUGUUUGCUACUGGUUACAAAUUCUAUUUUCUGUACAAUUAGACUAAAGUUUUCACUGUGUUUGUUUGGCAAAACAAAUUAAACAAAAAAAGUAAGGUUUUUA